CAUUUAGUGCUCACUACUCGGAUCCGAGUUGGGAGGGGGGAUAGUAGCGGUGCCGCGCACUCGGAUCCGAGUGACCGGCCUGUGCAUUUUGUAGUAGUCAGUAAGCCGCCGGCGUUUGAGGUGAGUUUAUGUUGGUUUGCGCGACCGCUCUGAAACAUAUUCAACUUACGAAAACGCGUAUUGGUUUCAUUAUAACAGUGUAAUUGUGACUUUUACACACGAUCGUAUCAAAGCUAUUUUUGCACUAAAAUGGACAAUAAGGCUGGACCGUCUGGAAGUAAAUCUACGAGUAGUUCUAGAAAAAAGCGUCGGCAAAGUGAUGACUAUGAGUCUGACUAUAGUGAUGAGGAUGUGUAUUCUCAAAGAGCUGAUGAAGACUCUUCAAGUUCAGAGGACUCUUCUAGUUGCGGCAGUGAUGAUAGUAUCUUUGAUACUAGACUGAAGCAAAAGACGACCAGCCGUGUACCACCAGCUCAACCUUCAAGGUCAUCUGCCCCAAAGACGACAAGCCAUAUACCACUAGCUCAACCUUCAAGGUCACCUGCCUCAAAGACAGUCAGCUGUGUACCACCACCUCAACCUUCAAGUUCAUCUGCAUCAAAACGUGGUUUAUGUGAGUCAGAUGGAAGGGCUAUCAUUCAAUGUAAGCGAUUAAGACCUUCAUUUAGGGAUGGCCCCACGCGUAAUAAUUCUACUCAAUCGUUGAAGUUACCAGAUCUAAAUAGUUCCUCAGCAUCGAAGUCAGCGCCUCGACUACUGGAAUUUGAUGGAGACGGUAGCUUUGAAUUCAAUUCUGAAAUUGACUGCCGUCCUACAUCGCCGAAUAUCGUACAGGACUAUGGAGAUUUUUUGCCGGAUAUACCAAUUAACCCUACCAGUUCAACACCUAGCGUAUCUCUUCUGAGAUCCGAUGCGAUCACCCCCAACCUUUCGCCAGAACGUGAUGACGUCUCUCCAUCAAUUAUGGCUGUUCGGAGAUCUGGAAGUCGUACUCCAGACUUACCCGAUGAUUUUUAUCUAUCACCCAAUAACUCACCCUCUGGUCAAGGAGCCACUACCACCUGGAGCAGUGAUCCAAGCUCCAUGAAAAGCUUAGAGUUUACUAAGGAACAGGAACUCUUAGUGCCGCCUCCAACUGUUCCUUACGAAGCAUUCCGACUAAUGAUUGAUGACGAGUUGUUAGAUCUUAUAGUUCGCGAGACCAACGCGAACGCAAUAAGAGUCGGUAAUGCACAAAACGUCAAACAAAACUCCAGAAUAAAAUCUUGGAAAGAUUUAACAAAGGAAGAACUGCUGACAUUUUUAGGACUCCUUCUUCACACAGGAACAAUUCGACUAAACCGUUUAAGUGAUUAUUGGAAACGACACUAUUUGUUUAAUAUUCCAUGCUUCGGACAAUUCAUGUCACGAAAUCGUUUUUUACUUAUUUUACGAUGCCUACACUUUACGUCUGUAACCAGUGAAGAAGACCGUCUCAAUAAAAUCCGACCAUUCAUGGAUCAUUUUAACAAUAAAAUGAAAACUAUUUACUGUCCAGGUAAAGAGCUAUCAUUGGAUGAGUCCAUGGUAUUGUGGCGCGGUCGGUUGCUGUUCCGACAAUAUAUAAAAAACAAACGGCAUAAAUAUGGCAUUAAACUCUAUGUUUUAGCAGAACCAGAUGGUACGGUCUUGAAAUUUCAAGUUUACGCCGGUGCUAAUGAUGAGACAUCAGGGCAAGGACAUAGUAGUAAGAUUGUCUUCAAACUACUAGAAGAGAGACUGGACUGUGGCCAUCAUGUAUACAUGGAUAAUUAUUAUAAUUCUUAUGGCCUGGCUGUGAAAUUGCUAGAUCGACAGACAUACUGCACAGGAACGUUAAGAAAAAACAGGAAAGAUAAUCCCGUCGAAAUUGGCUCUGUUUCACUGGAAAAGGGAGAAAACAAAUCCUUGUUCUUGAACGGCGUUCAUGUCGGAAAAUGGAGGGAUAAGCGAUACGUUCUGUAUAUUUCUACAGAACACGGUAGUGAGAUGAUGGAGACUACUUCCAAAAGAGGAUCUAUAGUAGUGAAACCAAUGGCAAUCGUUCAUUACAAUAAUUUUAUGUCGGGUGUUGAUCUUCAAGAUCAGAUGUUGGCAUACUAUCCAGUCCAAAGGAAGACGCUGCGUUGGUACAAGAAGCUGUUUGUGCAUAUGCUGCAAAUGAGCCUUACUAAUGCAUUGCACUUGUACAAUACAUUUUCGGCGAAUGACAAAUUAAAUCUAUAUGAUUUCCGUAUGAAGAUACUGGAGAAGCUUUUACCUGAUCCUAAUGAUGUAAAUCGACGCAAUGUUUUGAAAGUGAAACACGAACUCACAAAAAUAGAAAAGACCCGGACGAGAGUUAAGACAGUAGGAAGAGUCACGAAACAAACUAUCGAAGUGGUCCGAAAAGAAUGCAAAGGUUGCAAAUCACAGAAAAAAAGGGUGCAAACAAUUUAUGAAUGUAAGCAAUGUGAAGGUUCUCCAGGUUUCUGUACAAAAUGUUUCUGCCUAGCACAUUCAUAAUUGUUUUCAUUAAAUUUUAUUGUUUUGUUACCUAUGUGGUUAAAAUUUUCAGAAUAUUUUUUAUUCCUUUGUACCUUUAUGUGAGUGACUCACCUUUAUUCUGUGACAAGUUUUCAAUUAAACUUAUAAUUAUUACGUA